AUCAUAGUGGUCAACACUGGUGAAACUGCGAUUUGCGGCAAGUGUUGACUACUAUUUUCAACGGAUCAGAAGCCUUUAUAAAUGGAAUCCUCUCUCAGAAGACUUCAGUUUAAUGUGUGCCUCGUUGAUUUUGAACGGUCAAACUGUCUGUGAUAGGAAGACAGAGUGUACGGAUUGAAAACAAUAUCGCAUUCAAAGCCAAAUUCAAGGUUUGCAAAUGUCUGAUGGACGAUACAGGCGUCUAACUCCCGUCACAGCAUUCCACCUGCUACCUAUCAUUUUUCUAAUGACUAAUAGUGUCCACGGAUGUUUUAAAUCUUCACUUUACUAUCGACACAAAGUACGAUCCAGAUCACACGUAUUUGCUCCAGGUGAAUAUCAGCCGGUGCAAAUGGAGCAUACAACGGACGGUAGUGGACCCCUGGAUGCGCGUGACUUCCAUCACAGUAUACCAAACAGACGACUUGUCCGUGUGGAAUCACCUCACAUCGUGUUCGAUUCAGAGGAGGCUAGAUGGAUGUCUGAGGGUUGUCGCGAUCGUCUUCUCAAGCUGUCCACACAAAUACAGAACACAUGGGCAAACCAGAGAGUGAAACUACGCGUUCUUCGAGCAUGGAUAAAACCGCCACCGCAGUACCAGGCCCCACCUUCAGAAGAUGACUCUGAGAAGUCAGUUGAUCCAAACUCAAUGAUAGAUUCGGAUGAUGGUUCCUUAAGAUUUGACACUGGAACUCAGCAACACGUGACAGAAAAGUUUUUAGGGAUUCAGACUACCCGCAGCCAUCCGACUCCUGCUACCCAAGCACCAUACGCAACGAUGCGCGAAAAAAGUCAUCAAAAUGCCAGAAAAGGACCCAAGCAUGGUAAUCGAAUUGUAGAUAUGACGCCAGAGAUGAUGGUUGACGAUGAUUCGCACGACUUUCCCGGGAAUUCUAUCUUCCAGUCCGGAAGAAACUCCUUGGGGUAUCCCCAUCGUCAGCACCCUGACUCUUACUGGACGCCAUGGAGAAGGAAGCUUCCUUCAUCUAGGCAGCCUGGUUAUGUUCAAAAUCCCAACAGUUAUGGCUUUGUGCGACAUGGUUUCGGCGGCAUCAAUGACAUAUACUCAAACAGUCUUUCCAGUAAAUUGGUCCGCCUACCAAGAGAACCACAGAAAAUUUCAACAAUAAAUGCAACAGCAAAUACCAGUCAGUCGGGAGUGCACCGACACCGCAUUUUCAGUCGUUCAGUAGGAAGUAGCAUGCAGGCCUUCAUGAUAAACCGAAACCCCUAUUCACAUGUGAAUACGAUGACCCAGGUACGGUUUGAGCAGUGGUUGCAUAUGCGUAUGGAGGAAUUCCACUAUGCUGGUCGGGCAGUGGAUGUGCAACUGAUUACGCAAUCGUACCGACUACCUGGCAGUGUGAACGAAAACUUAGGGGUCCUGGCACAGAUUGCAUACUAUGUCGCUCACUUCGACUGGUGCUAUUUCAGCCGGUCUGGUCAUGUCCAUUGCUCCGUGAAGCCAGAUGCAAGCAUCACUUCACAAUGGUUCGGCUGUUUCCCGGGUUCUGUGCAGGUGAACUCUGCUGAUGGACGUUUGAUUUCAAUGAGAAACUUGAAAAUUGGUGACCAUGUGCUAACCCGGGACACAAUCACUGGGGAUCUCGUCAGAACGCGAGUCGUCGGCUUUCUUCAUAGGGAUGAACAUGCUUGGCGACCGAAUCUACGCGUCACCUUCAAAUCAUCCUUCAAAAAUGAAUCCAUAUGUAACUCGAGUUCACCUUCCCAACUAUUUCUUACGCCAAAUCACAUUGUUUAUAUCAAAAACGAAACCGAGUCAGAGAUAAAAGUCAGCUCAAUAUUUGCCGGCGACCUGAAAAUCGGCGAUACCAUAUUUAUGUUUGAUCCGUUGACAAACAACGUCACCACAGCACGUGUAAUUAACUUGUUAUUAAUCACAGAGUGGCAGCCUGAAAUUAUCGGACUGUAUGCCCCUUUAACUGAAACAGGCACAAUGCUUAUUGACAACUUGUUGGUCUCUUGUUUUGCUCAGUUCGCAAAUGAGUACAUUGCUUACAUGGUCACAUGGCCUUUACAGCUGUAUUAUCGGCUCGCCUGUUGGUUAAAGUUGGACAAUGUCUGGCCAAGCUGGCAGCAUGGCGUUCACUGGUUCUUGGAGUGGGUCUACCACACCACGGAACCAUGGUUGUCCGGAACUCUGUUCUACACUCAGACUUGAUGACUUUCGUAGGGAUGUAUCACCUUAAUAGGAGCCUCAAUUUUUAUAUCAUUUACUCAAAUUACCAAAGAUAUUUUCUUUCUUCAGUGGAUCGAUUAGAUCUAUGGAAUAUCUAUCUGUACAGACCUCACCUGUUUUACUAGUGUCGUGGAUUCUCCGGUGUGCAUUUGUUUCUGAUGAUCAAGAAGCGCAGUACGUUUGCUCAUCAGCUGGAUUCUUUUUGUUUUCAUAUACAUUUGAUCAUUUCGCAUUUCGAAGUGGAAUAAUGCAGCCGACCAUCUACCCUAUUUGGAAGCCAAGCUGGUUUGAUACUCACUGGCCUAUACUGAUUUUGUAAAUAAUCCAUACCUACCCAUCUAAGUGACUAUCAAAGUCUCUUCCACCUCCUUUUUCAUUCAUAUCUCGUCGGAUAAUAAAAGCUGUCGUACGGAAA